UCCUAGUGACCACAGGAUGUAAAUCCCUUGGCAAAACAGAGAAACAAAUAGAGACAUAAUUAGCAUAGCUGCUGUUCCAACCAAGAAAAAUUAAUUAGUUCAAUCCAAUAAUGCGCAUUUGCAUUUGCAUUUAUCAUCUUUGCUCGCCAGCUCCCUCGAGGGGGAAACCCUUAGGAUUCUGUUCCGGAUCGGGAUGAUUUACCAUCGCCCUACGGAGCAUCCAGACACCACCAACCUCGGCUGGAAGGAGGCAGUCAUCCGGUGUCUGGAGAGUCCCUGAUCCCGAUCCAGAACCCCUUAGCUAGCAGUUCCCGAGUCAUGUCAACAGCUGUCCAUGGCUCACCCAAGUUCACCGGCCGUUAAUCUGGCAAGCCGAACGAACAUUAAUCUGGCGAGCCGAACUAACAUAUAUAUGGCAAGUCCACGGACAUGAAUGUGGCAAGCUUGCCAGUCCCAAAGCUCACUCCAGUGCCUGCUCCUUGUCAGCGUCUUCCAGAGUUCACUCCACUGUCGGCCCAGGCCCCAGAGUUUGCUAAAGUAUUGGUCCAGACCACGCCUUUUCCCCCAUCCACAAGAGGAAACUAGGGCUGAGGAGAAGGGUGUUGGCCCAGUCCCCAGAGUUCACUCCAAUGUCAGCCCAGCCCCUGAGCAAAGCCCAGGAUGGGCUCCUUUUCCCAAGCAAAGCCUAAGAUUGAAUCCUGUUCCCAUAUACCCGUGGCCGUGGUGACCAAGCCGGCUAAAGACACGGAGUAUCCGCUAUGGACUCCAGGGGCCCCAGAUCUGCCAUGGUAUCCCGAACUGCUUGCUCCACCAUGACUCCCUGAUCCGCCCUCCCUGAUGGUAUUGUUACAGCGUGGGACACAUUGUCCGGGAGGGGGGCAAUCUGUCACAUGUAUGUUCCUGUUAUCCUUAUUUGGUCCUUCCUGUGCCUGUCCUCAUUGUCCUCACUGUCUUUCAUUAUUUAUUUUAUUUGCUCCCAGGUGUGUCCCAUUGUGUCUGUGUAUUUAAAGUGUUCCCAAGUGUGUUCCAUAGUUCUUUAUCUGCUGUUAAAUGUCAUCCUGUGUUUUGUAUGUGUAUUCUCCAGCAUUUUCUCGUCUCUCCCUCGAGCAGCAUGACAUGCAUGAUAGAUGGAAACAUUAUACAGUACACAUAUAUUUAAUUGUUUGAUCAAAAUCAUUGCUAUAGGGUCAAUUUGUUAGUCACUGGAUUUUGACUUAUGGACAUGUCCUUACCAUCCCUACUAAGUUUUACACCUAAUCAUUUUCUUACACUCUUAAAAGACACAUCUAUGAGAGUGCUUGGUUCAAUUUACAGUUUUUGUAUUGCAUAAAUAAACUUAAGUGAUUUUUAAAGUGAUUCUUAAGGAUAAAUUCUUUUUUUUUUUAAACAGAAUAAUUCAGAGCAUUUACUUACAACUCUUUUUGCUAUAGUUCAGUUCAUCCGAUGAGAUCAGAGCCCAGCUGUGUGUCUAUGAAGAGUAACUGGUCUAUGGAUCACCCGGCGCAUUUUAAUAGUGGUGAUACACCGACUGAUCUCAGUUCACUUCAGCAGAAGAGAUCACAACUAGAGCCCAGCUUUGUAUUUAGGAAGAUUGAUGGGUCUAAGGAUCAUCAUUUUAAGAGUGGAGAUAUGCAGAGUGAUCUCAGUUCAGUUCAUCCGAUGAGAUCAGAGCCCAGCUGUGUGUCUAUGAAGAGUAACUGGUCUAUGGAUCACCCGGCGCAUUUUAAUAGUGGUGAUACACCGACUGAUCUCAGUUCACUUCAGCAGAAGAGAUCACAACUAGAGCCCAGCUUUGUAUUUAGGAAGAUUGAUGGGUCUAAGGAUCAUCAUUUUAAGAGUGGAGAUAUGCAGAGUGAUCUCAGUCAUGAAGUCAUCAACACAUUUAGAAUAAAUCUGAUGAAGAAGUUUGUGUGUCUGUAUGAGGGAACAGCAACGCAUGGAAACCCAGCACUCCUGAAUGAGAUCUACACAGAGCUGUACAUCACAGAGAGUGAGAGUAGAGAGAUCAGUAAUGAACACGAGGUGAGACAGAUUGAGACACAAUCCAGGAGAGCAACAGCAGAGGACACACCGAUCAAAUGUAGAGACAUCUUCAGAGCUUUACCUGGACAAGACAAACCCAUCAGAACUGUGCUGACAAAGGGAGUCGCUGGCAUUGGAAAAACAGUCUCUGUGCAGAAGUUCAUCCUGGACUGGGCUGAAGGGAAAGAGAAUCAGGACGUCCAGAUCAUAUUUCCACUUCCUUUCAGAGAGAUCAAUCUGAUGAAGGACAAAACACUCAGUCUUUCAGAUCUUCUUGAGGUCUUUUUCCCUGAAACAAAAGAAAUGGAAAUAUCCAGUGAAAAAUAUAAAAUGUUGUUCAUUUUUGAUGGACUAGAUGAGUGUCGUCUUCCCUUACAUUUUAAAAGGAAUGAGACUCUACGGUAUGCGAACAAAAAGAAACCGGUGGACAUGCUGCUGACGAACCUCAUUGUGGGGAAUCUGCUUCCCUCUGCUCUCAUCUGGAUCACCUCCAGACCAGCAGCAGCUGAUCUCGUCCCCUCUGAGUGUGUCCAUCGAGUGACAGAGGUACGAGGCUUCAAUGACCCACAGAAGGAGGAAUACUUCAGGAAGAGAAUCAGUGAUCAGAGUCUGGCCAAAAGAAUCAUCUCACACCUGAAGUCAUCAAGGAGCCUCUUCAUCAUGUGCCACAUCCCAGUGUUCUGCUGGAUCUCAGCCGCUGUUCUGGAGAAGAUGUUGAGUCGAGCAGAGAGUGGAGAGAUUCCCAAGACUCUCACUCAGAUGUACACACACUUCCUGAUCCUUCAGACCAACAUCAAACAUGAGAAGGACUAUGAGAACAAGGUGACAGAUGAAGACAUGAUCCUCAAACUGGGGAAAGUGGCUUUUCAGCAGCUUGUGAAAGGCAAUGUGAUCUUCUAUGAGGAAGACCUGAGAGAGUGUGGCAUUGAUGAGACAGAAGUAUCAGUGUACUCAGGGUUGUGCACUCAGAUCUUCAGGGAGGAGUUUGGCUGGUAUCAGGGGAAAGUCUUCUGUUUCGUUCAUCUGAGCAUUCAGGAACAUCUAGCAGCUCUAUCUGUGCACCUCUCCUGUAUAAAUCACAACAGAAAUGCGUUUGAAGCAAUCACCAAACAAAGUUUAUGGUCAAAAAUUAAGGACUGGUUUCAACUCAAUUCAUCAGAACAUUUUUCUUUAUCUGACCUGCACAAGAAAGCUGUGGAUGAGGCUCUACAGAGUAAAAACGGACAUCUGGAUCUUUUCCUGCGGUUUCUUCUGGGUCUAUCAGUGGAGUCUCAUCAGGUUCUUCUACAAGGACUAAUGAAACAGACAAUUAGCAGCUCUGACAGCAAUGAGGAAACAAUUGAGUACAUCAAGAUGAAGAUCAGGACCAUUAACUCUACAGAGAAAUUCAUCAAUCUGUUCCACUGUCUGAAUGAAGUGGGAGAUCAUUCACUAGUGGAGGAAAUACAACAAUAUGUGAAAUCUGGAACAAUAAAUAAAGCCAAACUGUCUUCAUCUCAGUGGUCAGCUGUAGUGUUUGUGUUGUUGACAUUAGAGAAUAAACUGGAUGAGUUUGAUCUUAAUAAAUUUGUUGGAGGAAACAAUAAAGCUGAAAAUAUGAAGGUUCUUCAGAAGCUGCUACCUGUGAUUAAAGAAGCCAGAUCAGUUCAGUUGAGAAAUUGUGGUCUCACAGAUGAAGGUUGUGCUGCUCUGGCUUCAGCUCUGAGAUCAAACCCCUCACACCUGAGAGAACUGGAUAUGUCUAGGAAUAAAGUUGGACAUUUUGGAGUCAGUUUGCUCUCUAAAGUACUGGGGGAUCCUCGAUGUUACCUGAAGAAACUAGAGUUGAGGUAUUGUGGUGUCACCGAUAAAGGUUGUGCUGCUCUGGCUUCAGCUCUGAAAUCAAACCCCUCACAACUGAGACAACUGGAUCUGUCUGGAAAUAAACUAGGAGAUUCAGUGAUGCUGCUCACUGAUGCACUACAGAAUCCCCAUUGUAAACUGGAGAAACUUUGGUUGUUGGAUUGUGGUCUCACAAAUGAAGGUUGUGCUGAUCUGGCUUCAGCUCUGAGGUCAAACCCUGGACACCUGAGACAACUGGAUCUGUCUCAGAAUAAACUACAAAAUUUGGAUGUGAAGCUCCUCUGUGCUGCACUUGAAGAUCCCCAAUGUAAACUGGAGAUACUGGAGUUGAGUUAUUGUGGUCUUACAGAUAAAGGUUGUGCUGAUCUGGCUUCAGCUCUGAGAUCAAACUGCUCACACCUGAGACAUCUGAAUCUGAUUGGGAAUAAACAACAGAAAUUAGGAGAGCUGUUUCUUUCUGAUCGGAAGGAAGAUGAAUCCAGUUAUAAACUGAAGAAAUUAUACUACUAUUAG